CCUUCCUCGAUUACUUUCUUACCGGAAAUGAAGCGCUCACUUUCCGGCGGAGAAAGCAGCUCGGCCGUCUCCGGGGAUACAGAAAAUGAGGCGAGCAAGAAGAUAAAGCAAGGAGGUGAGGAAUUAUUGAAAGAAACAGAGGCGGUGUUGCUCGAUGAGAAUCUGUUGUUUGAGAUUCUGCAACGGAUCGACGACGGGAGCACUCUAGCGAAGGCGGCGUGCGUCAGCCGGCUUUGGAAGCGGACGGCGCAGGAUGAGCGUCUGUGGGAGCUGAUCUGCACAAAGCAUCACCACCGCAGCCCGAUCCAGCUGCGGGCGGUUGUCUCGGCGCUCGGCGGCUUCCGUAGCCUCUACUCGAGUCAUCUAUGGCCGCUGCUGAAGCCGGUCUCUUCAUCUCCGGCGCCGAUUGCUGUCUCCGCUUGGCCUUACCAUCCUCCUCCACUCGCCCCGGCUAGAUCUAAACCUCGAUGGGGAAAGGAUGAGGUAAAUCUUUCACUUUCCUUGCUCUCGAUUAAGUAUUUCGAGAAGAUGAGCUUCAAUAACCGAAGCAAAUCGGGAAAUUAAUAAUGAAGUUAAGUGAAUCUCUGUGGCUCUGGAAUUGAGUAUUUUUAUCUUCAUUUAGCUCCUCAUCUUUCGUUCGCAUCUGUAAUAUCACCAUCAGUGGCUUGUUGUAUUAAGAUGUACAAUUAGGGUUUUCCUACAAUGAAUGAAUGUUCAAUUCGUUUGUAUC